GCUGCCUACCUCGACGAGUCCAGGCGGAAAGCGGACGAGAUGCGGACGCCUCUGCUGCUGUUGGCCGCCCUAAGCUGUCUGCGUGCCGGCGCGGGCUCGGAGCCGGAGUCGCUGGAGACGCUGGUGCGGGAGGCGGACCCCGACUCGGCGGAGGAGUCGGCUUUGCUCCGACCCAAGGUGCUGAUCGCCAUCGUGGCUCGCAACGCCGCGCACAGCCUCGCUCAGCACCUGGCCUGCAUCGAGAGGCUCGACUACCCCAAGGAGCGCAUCGCCAUCUGGGCGGCGAGCGACCACAACGUGGACAACACCACGGCCAUGUUGCGAGAAUGGCUGAAGAACGCCCAGCGCGUCUACCAUUACGUGGAGUGGAGACCCAUGGAAGAGCCCAGGUCCUACACGGACGAGUGGGGUCCAAAGCAUUGGCCGGCGUCCAGGUUCAAGCACGUGAUGAAGUUGAGGCAGGCGGCGCUCAAGGCUGCCAGGGAACGGUGGGCCGACUUCAUACUGUUUGUAGACAGCGACAACCUGCUGACCAACCCUCGUACACUCAACUUGCUCAUUGCUGAGAACUUGACUGUGGUCGCCCCAAUGUUGGAGUCCCGCUCUUUGUACUCCAACUUCUGGUGCGGUAUCACCCCUCAGGGCUACUACAAAAGAACCCCGGACUACCAGCCGAUCCGUGAGUGGAAGCGUAUGGGCUGCUUCCCGGUCCCAAUGGUGCACAGCACCUUUCUUUUGGACCUGAGGCGGGAGUCCAGCCGCGAUCUGGCCUUCUACCCGCCUCACCCCGACUACAGCUGGGCUUUCGAUGACAUCAUGGUGUUUGCUUUCUCUGCACGGCAAGCGGGUGUGCAGUUGCACGUGUGCAACAGAGAGCACUACGGCUUCCUUCCCGUUCCCCUCAAGGCGCACCAAACCGUGGAGGACGAGCGCGAGAGUUUCAUCCACACAAUCACGGAGGCCUUGAUUGACCACAAUAUCGAACCAUCUGAGUAUCUGACUUCUCCACCGUCACAGCAGGACACGAUGGGUUUAGAUGAUAUCUUCCUGAUAAACUUAAAGCGUCGGCUGGACAGAAGAAGCCGGAUGUUGAAAACAAUGUCGGCGCUGGGCCUGCGCGCCACGCUAGCGGCGGCGGUGGACGGCAAAGCUUUGAACACGUCGCAGCUGCAGGCGUUAGGAAUAGAAAUGCUGCCCGACUAUAAGGACCCAUACUCGGGUCGGGUUCUGACCAGAGGCGAGAUCGGCUGCUUCCUGAGCCAUCAUUCCAUAUGGAGUCAGGUGGUGGAGCGUGGCCUUCAGAAAGUUCUUGUUCUAGAGGACGACGUGAGAUUCGAGCCUCGCUUUAAACGACGACUUCAGGCAAUCAUGGAUGAAGUAGAGAAAACUCAGCUGGACUGGGACCUCAUCUACGUGGGGCGUAAGCGCAUGCAAGUGCAGCAGCCCGAGCGUUCGGUGGAUGGCGUCAACAACCUGGUGGAAGCCGACUACUCGUACUGGACGCUAGGCUACGUGCUAUCGCUACAGGGGGCAAACAAGCUACUGAACGCCAAACCCUUCACUAAAAUGCUGCCAGUUGAUGAGUUUCUGCCUGUGAUGUUCAAUAAACACCCCAAUGUUGACUACAUGUCCCACUACGAGCCACGGGACCUGCGGGCUUUCUCGGUGGAGCCACUGCUGAUUUACCCCACGCACUACACGGGUGAGCCGGGCUACAUCAGCGACACCGAGACCUCCACCAUCUGGGACGAUGAGGCCGUGGCCACCGACUGGGACCGCCAGCACGCCCGCAAGACCGCCCAGCAGGGCCGCAUUCGAACGGUGGCCCAGAACAGCGUGACAGGGGACUCACCGCCGCCCGCCGCUAGAGCCUCCAGGGACGAACUUUGAAACGGUUGCCGGUUUUGACCGUGCUGUUUGUUUUGUAAGAUUUUUGAAAAGACACUUGAAGCGGAGAUACUGUACAUGCACAAAAACGCGAGUUGACAAUACAUGAAGAGCCUUAAUUUAUUCCCCUAUUUUGGCCAUGUUAUUUGAACUGCCUCAUUUCCGCAAAUAGUGGCCUUCUUCCAAGGACAACCAACCUAAAUGUCUUCCUUACAUAGAAACCUUGCUCCAAUCUACUGUGACAGAAUAUGUAACUUCUACUCAAAAACUGUGCUGAUCUGGAAUCCAAAGUGAAGCAAUGCUGCCAUCUAUUGGUGUCUUUUCAUCAUUACAGUUUUUUCGAAGCCUGAAUUACACAGACAAACUGAAUUCACAAGACCCUCUUCAAAACCUACAUUAGGGGUGUGACAAUAUAUCAAAAAGACGAUAUAGCUCAAUACUUUGAAGCCUACAAGGUAAUCAAUAUGCUCCCACGAAGAAUCAAUAUACAGUGGUAUGAAAAAGUAUCUGAACCUUUUGGAAUUUCUCACAUUUCUGCAUAAAUCCCCAUCAAAUGUGAGAUGAUCUUGGUCAAAAUCACACAGAUGAAAAAAACAGUGUCUGCUUUAACUAAAACCACCCAAACCUUUAUCGGUUUUCAUAUUUUAAUGAGGAUAACAUGCAAACAAUGACAGAAGAGGUAAAAAUAAGUAAGUGAACCUUCUGUCUGAGGAGACUUAAAGAGCAAUUGAACCCAAUUUUUACCAAACAAUUUAAGUCAGGUGUGUGCCUAAUCACUGAUGAGUGGUUUAAAGCUGCCCUGCCCAAUAUAAAACACACUCUUGGUAAGAAUUGUCUUGUAGAGAAGCAUUGUCUGAUUUGCAUCAUGGCUCGGAUCAAAAGAGCCGUCUGAAGACCUGCGAUAAAGGAUUGUUGAUUUGUAUAAAGCUGGGAAAG